AUGGUAGGUGACGUGACACUGCUAUUAGCACUGUUGCUAACUGUGUCUGACAUGACAAUUAUCGUGGCAGGUGACGCACUACGGCUGGCAGGUUCCGCCAGCUCUGGACAACAAGAUUGCUUACCUCUAAACAAGGGAAAGAUCUACAUAUCUAGGACGAGCCAGGUUCUUGUUCAAGAGGAGAAGAUUGAUUCCUUCAAUGCCCCUUUUUAUACACCAAGCCCAGAAGAACUGAAAAAUGAGGUUGAACGAGAGGGGUCAUUUCUCAUAUAUCGCCUGGAGUCCUUUGAAAUUGAUUGGGAUGGUGGUGACCAAGACCAGGGGACACUAGUAUCAAGUGGUCAGAGCGUGGCCAAGACGGUUAGAGCCGUGGUUGAGUCCAUGCUCGAAUGUCAUUUUGGAAGACACAUCAUGGAUGAUUUGUUUCGGAGAUACAGUGACUUUGUGGAUGAUCACUUGUCCAAAAACAGGACCAAGUACACUAAUUUGGUUGUUUCCAUGUCUAAGAUCUAA